CUGGAGUCCGCAUUAUAACAAACACAUCACCUCCUCCCCUUAAAAAAAAGACCGGGUUUGGAAGUUUGUUGUUUUUUUUUUUUUUUUUUUUUUUUUUUUUUUUUUUUUUUUUUUUCUCUUUGUCUCGUGUGAUCACCCGUUGCUUACUAUUUGCUGUAGACGGGCCGCUGCCUCUUGACCAUCAAUCAUCAUCGCCAACCAGUGACAGCCGCGGCUUGGGCUGCCGACGGAGAGUCCUUUGUGACGGCUUCGCUCGACUUGGGCUCGCAACUAUGUCAUUGGAGCUUACGCGGCCAUGCUAUCUACAUGUGGCCGGGCGGGUUCCGUGUUCAAGACUGUGUCAUCACCCCUGACGGUCGACGAUUGUUGGCGGCAGAUGUCGAAGAAAAGAUCCACGUUUACAAUUUCGUGACUCACGAAGAGGAAUAUUGUCUCCCCUUGAAGAGCAAGCCUACGUCUGUUGCCGUCAGCAAAGACUCGCGCCAAAUGCUGGUGAACCUGUCAGAGGGCCAAAUACAGCUCAUCGAUAUUGACACCACCAACGUAAUCCGACGGUUCCAAGGACAGAAGCAGGGUUCUUUUGUUAUCCGAAGCGCCUUUGGAGGAGCGGUGGAGAACUUUGUGGUCAGCGGGAGCGAAGGCAAGUUACACCGGAGACCCUCGGGAGUCUUGAUUGUUGCUGACUCGGAUCCAGACUCGCGUGUUUAUAUUUGGCACAGAGAAAACGGAACGGUUGUGGAAACCCUGGAGGGGCAUAUCUCGGGAUGUGUCAAUGCGAUAUCAUGGAACCCCACAAAUCCCGGCAUGUUUGCUACGGCCGGUGACGAUUGCCUGGUCCGAAUCUGGACCCGAGAACGUGAUACUCAUCCUAAUGCCUUGAUGGGCAAAAACCGAGCUGUAUCGACCAGUGGAUUUGCGCGAACAAGUGCUUUACGUUCAACAUUCACCCCUUAA